GAACUUCUGUCGAGCUCCCUGAAGAUACGCAUGCUGCCGGCCCAGGAAGUACACUCUGCAAACCACCGAGGCAUGUCCAGGAGAACUUCUCCCAGGAGGAAAAUUUCAAAAAUGUUUCAAAUUCCCGUGGAGAAUCUUGACAACAUCAGGAAGGUACGGAAAAAGGUGAAAAGCAUUCUUAUGGAUAUUGGGCUUGACAGCUGCAAGGAGUUGCUGAAGGACCUUAAAGGCUUUGAUCCAGGAGAGAAGUACUUUUAUAACACAUCAUGGGGAGAUAUUUCUCUCUGGGAACCUUCUGGAAAGAAAGUGAGAUAUCGAACAAAACCAUACUGUUGUAGCCUCUGUAAAUACUCCACAAAAGUGCUUACUUCAUUCAAAAAUCAUUUACAUCGUUACCAUGAAGAUGAAAUUGACCAAGAGCUGGUGAUCCCUUGUCCAAACUGUGUGUUUUCCUCUCAACCCAGAGUUGUGGGAAGGCACUUCAGAAUGUUUCAUGCACCUGCUCGGAAAGUCCAGAACUACACUGUGAAUAUUUUAGGUGAAACUAAAUCAUCUAGGAGUGAUGUGAUAAGUUUUACAUGUUUAAAAUGUAACUUUUCAAACACUCUGUACUACAGCAUGAAGAAGCAUGUGCUGGUAGCCCAUUUUCACUACUUAAUUAAUUCCUACUUUGGCCUGAGAACUGAGGAGAUGGGUGAGCAACCAAGAGCUGACGACCCCCGUUCUACAGAGAAGAUGCCCCCAUCCGACAGGUAUUACUGUAAAAAGUGCAGCGCCAACGCCAGCAGCCAGGAUGCUUUAAUGUACCACAUCUUGACGUCGGAUAUACACAGGGAUUUGGAGAAUAAGCUUAGGUCUGUGAUCUCAGAACAUAUUAAGAAGACUGGACUUUUGAAGCAAAUGCAUAUUGCUCCAAAACCAGCUGCACGUGUGGCUGUACCACCCAACAGCAGUGCUCCGGGCAUCCCAGCCACAUCUCCUUGCUUCCACCUGGCCUUGCCACAGAACAGUCAGAGCCAAACUGUGGUACAGCCAGUUCAGGGUGCGCCCCCCCCGGUGACUGGGGCCUCGGGCGCUUCUGGAAGCCUCACCCACUCCCCGCCUGCCGUUGCCCAGUCUCAUGUGACUCUGGUCUCCAGUCCUCUGCCAGUGGGCCAGAGCAACCUCACUCUGCCGCCCUCAACACCUCAGCCUGUCUUUCUCUCUCAUGGAGUUCCACUUAAUCAGGCAGCAAACCCUCCUGCGUUGCCCUUGAGUCAGCCAGUGGGACCUGUAAAUAAGUCGGUCGGAACCGGCGUCCUCCCCAUAAAGCAGACCAUCCGCCCGGGGGUUUUGCCGCUCAGCCAGCCUGUUGGGCCCAUAAGCAGACCAGUUGGGCCUGGAGUUCUCUCGGUAAAUAGACCUGUUGCGUCCGGUGUCCUUCCUGUCAAUCCCUCUGUCACCCCUGGAGUUCUUCAGGCGGUCUCGCCAGGGGUGAUUUCUGUGAGUCGGACAGUCCCGUCAGGGGUCCUUCCUGCGGGACAGAUGACCCCUGCUGGGGUUAUCCCUUCAGGACAGACAGCAACUUCUGGGGUUCUCCCUGCUGGCCAGGUGGUUCAGUCAGGGGUUCUCCCCAUUGGCCAGACAGCACCAUCGGGGGUGCUCCCCACUGGGCUGACAGUCCCGCCGCGGGUCCUCCCUCCUGGCCAGACGGUCCCACUGAGGGUUCUCCCUGCAGGCCAGGUAGUCCCACCUGGGCUCCUUCCUCCCAACCAGACGGUCUCGUCAGGUGUUCUCCCUGUGAACCAGGGUAUUAACUCUGGUGUUCUUCAGCUCAGUCAGCCUGUCGUGUCAGGGGUCCUUCCUGUGGGCCAGCCAGUGAGGCCGGGGGUCCUGCAGCUUAAUCAGUCUGUGAGUACCAACAUCCUGCCUGCUCAUCAGCCCAUCAGACCCGGGGCUUCGCCAAACACCGCUUUCCUAACAUCAGGCUCUAUUCUCAGACAGCUGAUACCCACAGGGAAACAAGUGAAUGGGAUUCCCACAUACACACUUGCCCCAGUAUCUGUCACUUUGCCUGUGCCCCCUGGAAGUGUCGCCACUGUUGCCCCCCCCCAGAUGCCCAUCCAGCUCCUGCAGUCGGGCACGGCUGCACAGAUGGCCAGCUCCAUGGCCAGCCUGCCCUCCCCACCAGUGGUGGUAAAUGCCACUCAGAAUAUGUUCGUUCAGCCUUCUUCGUCUGUGGCAGAGGCAAAUCAGGUGCUCAAACAGGCAAAGCAGUGGAAAACCUGUCCAGUUUGCAACGAGCUCUUCCCUUCCAAUGUCUACCAGGUCCACAUGGAAGUGGCACAUAAGCACAGCGAAUCCAAAUCCGCUGAAACACUGGAGCCGGAAAAGCUGGCGGCAUGUGCACCGUUUCUAAAGUGGAUGAGAGAGAAAACAGUUCGGUGUUUGUCCUGUAAGUGCUUAGUCUCAGAGGAGGAGCUUAUCCGCCACUUGCUGGUGCACGGCCUGGGGUGCUUGUUCUGCCCGUGCACUUUCCAUGAUAUUAAAGGCCUCUCAGAGCAUAGUAGGGCUAUGCACCUAGGGAAGAGGAGACUGCCCGUGGACUAUAGCGACAAAGGAUUUCAGCUGGAUGUCGAUGCCAAUGGCAGCCUGCUGUUUCCCCACCUCGACUUCAUCACCAUCUUGCCCAGGGAGGAGCUGGGUGAGCGGGAGGUCUACUUGGCCGUGCUGGCUGGGAUACAUUCCAAGUCACUGGUGCCCGUGUACAUCAAAGUGAGGCCGCAGACCGAGGGUGCGCCCGGGAGGCCUGGCAACCAGGCGCUGACCUGCCCUUUUUGCUUCGGCACCUUCGUGACGGCUGAGGCGUACGAGCUGCAUCUGAAGGAGCGGCACCACAUCAUGCCAACGGUGCACACGAUUUUGAAAUCCCCGGCUUUCAAGUGCAUCCACUGCUGUGGGGUUUACACGGGCAACAUGACUCUGGCAGCCAUUGCCAUACACCUGCUGCGCUGUCGGAGUGCUCCAAAGGACAGCAGCUCAGGCCUGCAGGUCCAGCCUAAUUUUAUUGAGAACAGUGAACUGCUUUUAGUCAAUGGUGAGGUGAUACACGACUCCAGUUUUUCUGUAAAGAGAAAGAUGCCUGACGGCCAGUUUGGGGCUGAGGAGCAGAGGGAGGGCGAGGAGCGGCCUGUCCCCACGAGUGCUGACAGAGAGCCAUCCCCGGAGAAGGCGACGAGCGCCGUGCCUUCUAAAAGACAGAGGAGCGAAAGCAGGACGGAGGCGCCCCUUGUUCACGACGACGCUCUCCAGGUUUUAGCGUUAAAUCCUAAAAGAUAUGAAGACCGUUCUUACGAAGAAAAAAAGCAGUUUCUUAGAGAUUAUUUCCACAAGAGACCAUAUCCCAGUAAAAAGGAAAUAGAACUGUUAUCCUCACUCUUAUGGGUGUGGAAAAUUGACGUGGCUUCAUUUUUUGGAAAAAGAAGGUAUAUUUGCAUGAAAGCAAUAAAAAAUCACAAGCCUUCUGUACUUUUAGGCUUUGAUAUGUCUGAACUUAAAAAUGUUAAACACAGAUUGAACUUUGACUAUGAACCACAAAACUUGUAAAAAAAAAUUAGGAAAUCUAAAGUACUAGAUACUUAGUAGUCUUUUUCAAUUGAGAUUUUUAAAAAUGUUAUUUUCUUCACUGUAUGUUGAACUAAUCAAUUUCAGUGGUCUUUAUGCUGCUCUUUAGAUUUAUUUCAGGUGCUCAGAAAGACUUUUAUAUAAAGAAUAGUUCUUUCAAAUUUAUUGUUUCCUGCAGCUUGAUUUUGUAACAGUUGUUUUUCAUUUUUUCCUCUGUCAUGUAAAUUAAAUCUUUUGAUAUUUCAUGCAUGCCUUGUUUUCCCAGUAGUGUCAGUAUCGUAUGAUAAAAACUGAAAUCUAUAUAUGUUUGUUUUUCAUUUAAGGAAAUUUCAGCUUGUUUCAGAAUACUUGAUUAACUGCGAAUUAAAACUGCUCUCCCUCAGCUUCACAAGUAGCAGCAGAUGAUACAGUAAAUGUUUAGAGAAGUGAGUAGAAGCCCCUGUGACAUGUCUGGUUCCUUAAGGAUGCACUGCAUUAACUUAUGCUGAUUUCUUCUUGUAAGGUAUUUGCUUAUUAGAUUAUACUUUCGAUUUACGUUUUUUCAGGUUUGUCCUAACAGCUGUUUUUGAUUGUAACUCAGAAAACCAAAUGUUUUCAUUUGUUAAAAAUAUACUGAACCUGAAGUCUGGUAUUAAAGCUCAUAAGUCAAGAGUUAUUUUACAAAUAAAGUAAUUCUGUAGGUACAAAAAUACUUCUCAGUGUAGACUUUUCCCCUCUUUUUGAUACGCUGAUAAGUCUUUUCUCCAUUCAAAGAUAUGACAAUAAAUCUUUAGUGCCUUUAGAACAAACACUGAAAACACACACACAAGCUCUCCUCCUAACCUAACUGUUCAUAAACCAGUGAAAGGGAAGGACCGUGUUACUCAGGAAUGAAAUGUUGACCCCUGGGUGUGGCUACUAACUGAAAUAUAAACACAGGUUUUCAGGGGACAAGGUGAAAUGAGUAGACCGGAGCUAGUCUCCCGGUUGGUGUAUUAAAUCUCUGACAGUUUCCUAGAGGUAAAUGUAUUCAUUUGGGGGAAAUGGGCUUUCCCAUGGCCUAGUUGUCCAGGUUAAUGGGAUGGGGCAUUGCUAAGGAGCUCAAGUGUAUUACUCUCCUUUGGACAGCUAAGCCUCGGUUUUUUCACACAAUAUAAAAUAACUUAAAGCACCAGAAGCAGUAAUGGAGACCAUCCAGUUUAGACCUUAAGUCGUAGUGCUGGUGAUACACAGCAGAGGCACCUGUGCAACAUACUCAGAAGAUAAGACAGUCUCUGGGAAAUAAGAUAAUGUUACCGUAUGGAUUUUUGAAAUAUAGCUGCAUGUCAUUGCUGUAAUGUGCGUUUUUGAGGCAGUCGUGAAACUGGUGUGUGAUUGUUGGUGUGCUCUGUUGUAAAUUCAAAGAGCUUGUUCAAGUUUAUUUUUUUUUUACCUAUUGUUUUCAGAGUGUCUAUUUUGAAUUAAAACUUGUUACACCACU